CGUCUUCUUCCCCCGUUCUUCACCUCCAUACCUAUCCUAUCCAUACCUAUCCAAACCACCAACAAUCUCCAAGUCGCAUUGCUGAUUACAAGACGGCGACACGACCUUCCACAUCCGCACACACACACACACACACACACACCCAAGACCCGCAACCGACACUAGGGCGGGAUUCUGUUUAGCGCGACCGCGGUCUCGGCAAUCCGUGCAUCUCCUCCCCCAUUUCUCGAUAAAGACCGGCUUCCUCCCUGGCAGCGACCCCUCCCGACCAAUAGAGAAAACCACGCUCUCGAGCUCUACCUAUCUAACUCCUAAUAUCAUCGCCCAUCAUGGUCAUCCCAACGUUGACGCCAGUCCCCAAGCUGGUCGCCAAGCCCCCCUAUACUCUCGAUGUCCCAGGCCAGACGCCCGUCGAGGGCGAGACUCCUGUUCGUCGCAUUCCCCUCGCCAUCGACGGUCUGCAUGCCAUACCCCCAAACAGGCGAUGGGGCGAGAAUGAGGCCAUCGGUGAGGAAAUCGAUACCGUCUACAAACUCGUCAAGUGGGCUGCCCUCGCACAUGGCGAGUCCCAGUGUAUGGGCUCCCGCAAGCUUGUAAACACGCAUGUUGAGACCAAGAAGGUCAAGAAGAUGGUGGAUGGUGAGGAGCGCGAGGUGGACAAGAACUGGACCUACUUCGAGCUCGGCCACUACGAGUUCAUUACCUUCAAGGACUACGAGCAGCUCACGCUUGACGUUGGCGCUGGUCUGCGCGCCAUCGGCCUCAACAAGGGCGACCGUGUCCACAUCUUUGCCGCGACAAGCCAGAACUGGCUCGCCAUGUCUCAUGGUUCCGCGACCCAGUCCAUGCCCAUCGUGACUGCCUACGACACACUCGGCGCCGAAGGUCUCAAGUACUCCAUGGUCGCUACCAAUGCCAAGGCCAUCUUCCUCGACCCCCAUCUUCUCCCUACCCUCAACGGCGUUCUUGAGCAUGCCAAGGGCAUCACACACGUCAUCUGGAACAACCAGAACAAGGUCAAGGAAGCCCACAUUGAGGCUCUCAGGAACGAGCGCGGUGUUACUGUCUUGAGCUUCGAUGAGCUUGUCCAGCUCGGCAAGCAGAACCCCGUCGCGCCCGUCGCGCCCGCCCCUGAGGAUCUCUGCUGCAUCAUGUACACCUCCGGUUCUACCGGUACCCCCAAGGGUGUCCCCCUGAAGCACAGCAACGUCGUCGCUGCGGUCGCUGGUGUCUGCCCCGUAGUCCAGCCCUUCGUUGGCCCCGGUGACCGCCUCCUGACCUACCUUCCCCUCGCUCACAUUCUCGAAUUCGUUUUCGAGAACGCCUCCCUCUACUGGGGUUCAACCAUGGGUUAUGGUAACCCCAAGACCCUCUCCGACACCUCCGUCCGCAACUGCCUCGGCGAUAUCCGCGAGUUUCAACCCAGCGUUUUGGUUGGUGUGCCCGCCGUCUGGGAAACCGUCAAAAAGGGCAUUCUCGCCAAGGUCAACGCUGGCAGCCCUCUCCUCCGCAACCUUUUCUGGGGCGCACUUGCUCUCAAGGAGAAGCUUAUGGGCCUUGGUCUUCCUGGAAGUGGUCUUUUGGACGCCAUUGUGUUCAAGAAGAUCAAGGAUGCCACUGGUGGUCGCAUGAAGCUUUGCUUGAACGGUGGUGGCCCUGUCGCCAAGGAUACCCAGAAGUUCAUCUCCAUGGCCAUCUGCCCCAUGAUUAUCGGCUAUGGUCUUACCGAGACGACCGCUAUGGGUACCCUCCAGAACCCCAAUGAGUGGACUGCUGAGUCCAUUGGCGCCAUGCCCGCCUCGAUCGAGGCCAAGCUCGUCGACUUCGCCGACGCCGGUUACUUCGCCACUAACAAGCCCAACCCCCAGGGUGAAAUCUGGCUCCGUGGCCCCUCUGUGCUCUCCGAAUACUAUGAGAACCCCGAGGAGACCGCUGCCGCUGUGACCGCGGACGGCUGGUUCAAGACCGGCGACAUCGGCGAGUGGGACCAGAACGGCCAUCUCAAGAUCAUUGACCGCAAGAAGAACCUCGUCAAGACUCUCAACGGCGAGUACAUUGCUCUUGAGAAGCUCGAGUCCAUCUACCGCUCCGCCGCCGUCGUCGCCAAUAUUUGCGUCUAUGCCGACCAGGAUCGUUCCAAGCCCAUCGCCAUCAUCGUUCCCGCGGAACCCGCCCUUAAGAAGCUCGCCUCUUCGAGUGGUGUCAAGGGUGACAGCUUGGAGGAGCUCGUACACAACAAGAAGCUCCAGGCUGCCGUUCUCAAGGAGCUCCAGAACGCCGGUCGUGCCGGCGGCCUUUCUGGCAUUGAGAUUAUCGAGGGUGUCGUCAUGUCGGAUGAGGAGUGGACCCCCCAGAACGGUCUUGUAACGGCCGCCCAGAAGCUCAACCGCAAGGGCAUUCUCAACAAGUACAAGAAGGAGGUUGAUGAGGCUUAUGGCCCCAAGCAGUAGGAGUUCUGUUGCCACCUACCUGAUCUCUCUUGUUGUAUAUGAAAAAGUACACCCUUGUUUUUGUUGUUCAUGUCUAUGUCUAUGCGUGUCUCGGGGCGCGAAUUAUGUUUCCACUAUACCACUCCUAGUUAUUUAUGUUACGUUACGUUACUGUUGUCGGCGACGGCGACCGAAGGGGUUUCCAAGUCCCCCUAGCUAUAUGUUUGUUAUGUCGUAAUGGGCUUUUCCUCUCUGUUCUAUAAGCGAAGAAUAAUUGCGUUGAGAUAGUUUUGCCAUCUACUUGUGCUACACUACCCUUUUUCUAAUUCUUCUAGGGGUCCUGGUUUGCGUUGUUUUGCUUGAUGGAUUUCCUCUCUGGUCUUCCGUCAACAGGAGGAUCAGCUCUCUUCUUAUACUCUUCGCUUCCACUCCUUUGUCGGGUUCAGGUUGGGAAAGGGGUUUUGAUUGGGGCUUGUUUAAUACGAAACGGACGGGCGAGUAUCUAUUGAUGAUACCCCAUUGUAGU